AUGCCUCCCCUCUCUGAAUUCAGCAACAACCCCCUCCUCACCCGCAACGAUCUCAUCGACGCAGCCCUCGCCCUCGUCCGCCCUCUGCACGCCCACUUCUCCCCCGCACACGCCUUCAUCCGCCUCCCAAUUUCAACAGGCGCCCACUUCGACGAUGGCGCCGCCUUACUCGAGGGAUUCGCCCGCCCACUCUGGGUCAUCGCUACCCUCCUACAUUCCUUGCAAUUCACCACCGACCCCGCCACCAUCGAAUCUAUAAAAAAUGUCACUCAACCCUGGAUCGAGGGCAUCCGCGCCGGCACAGACCCCUCCCAUCCAGAAUACUGGGGCACCAUCGCCAACGGCGACCAGCGCAUGGUCGAAGCGGAGGUGCUCGCCUGCGCGCUGCUCUUCGCACCCGACGCCUUCUUCCACGGCCAGGACGAUUUGACUCAGAAAAACAUUGUUGCGUGGCUGCGCGGGAUGCACGGGAAGGACAUGCCGGUUAAUAAUUGGCGGUGGUUCCGCGUGUUUGUUAACCUGGCGCUUGUGCUUGUUGCGAACGUCCCAUAUGAUGAAGUCAGACCAGAAAUGGAUGCUGAUUUUGAGGUCCUGGAUGGGUUUUAUAUUGGGGGUGGGUGGUCGGGUGAUGGGCCGUGGUUGUCGCCUGAGGGGGAAGAAAGGGAAAGGGAGGAGAGUAUGCGCACGGGACGGUGGGAUACCGUGGGAUGUGGAAGACAAGCGGAUUACUAUUCUGGGAGCUUUGCGAUCCAGUUUAGUCAGUGUCUUUAUGCCAAGUUUGCGAGCCAUUUGGACCCCGAGCGGGCGGAGAGGUAUCGCGUCCAGGCGAGGGACUUUGGGGGGAGUUUCUGGCGAUAUUUUGACAAGGACGGAGGCGCAAUCCCCUUUGGACGAUCCCUGACCUAUCGCUUUGCGUGCGGAGCGUUCUUCGCAGCGCUGGCUGUCGCCGAUAUCCCUGACAUGCCUGCGCCAUUGACCUCCAUCGGCGCAGUCAAAGGCUUCCUCUUGAGACAUCUACGCUGGUGGGCAACUCACUCAUCCGAUAUGUUCUACGCCGAUGGGACAAUGAACAUCGGCUACUUGUAUCCCAAUAUGUACAUGGCCGAAGACUACAACUCCCCCCAAUCAGUCUACUGGAGCCUCAAAUCGCUCAUCGUCCUUCUCCUCCCCGAGUCACAUCCCUUCUGGACCACCCCAGAAGCACCGUACCCAUCCACACAAGCACCAGUGGAAAUCGUAUCUGCACCGCAGCAACUCCUCUGCAACCACCCAGCUGGCGGGCACCACUUCCUUCUCAACCCCGCGCAAUUCGUCGCCUGGCCGAUGAAAGCCUCGCAGGCGAAAUACUGCAAGUUCGCGUACUCGUCUGCCUUUGCGUUUAGCGUGCCUACAGGGCCAUUGAUACAGCAGCUCGCGCCGGAUAGUACCCUUGCGCUGAGUCGGGAUGGAUGCUCCACCUGGGCUGUCAAGUGGAAGGCGUCGCCUGCUCGGUUUGGGACUGCGAUUGUACAAGGGCAGGAUGACAAAAUUCCCGUGGCGGAGGUCGAGUGGCGGCCGUGGGUGGAUGGGGAGGUUACGGUGCGGACUACGCUUGUUCCGCCGACAGAUAGGUGGCCGGAUUGGCAUGUUAGGACUCAUCGGAUUCGGGGCAGGAAUUUGGAGAAGUUGUAUUUGGUGGAAGGGGGGUUUGCGAUUGAUCGGGUGCCGAGGGGGAAUGUGAAGACGCCUGGUCGGGAGAGGAUUCUCCCUGCUGUUGAAGGCGAGGAUUGGUUGGAUAAGGAUAUUGGGGUAGCUGAGGGGAUACACGUAUCCCAAGAUAGUGUGCUUAUCCUGUCUGCGGCCGGGGCGAGUGGUCUUCGUGGGGUAGCUACCAUGGCAAGGACUGAGCAUGAGGCGCUGAAGCCGGACUCGAAUACGAAUCUCAUGGCGCAGCGGACGUUGAUUCCUGUCGUGAGACAUGGAUUGCUGGACGGUGACCGUCAGGAGGCGGUCCUGGUGACGGCUGUCUUUGCUGUUGCGACUACACAGGACCAGAGUCAGAGAAGUCUACGGGAGAGAUGGAUGAAUUAUCCACGGGAUGCCAAUAGUAUCACCCUGCAGUAG